CCUUCCCUCUAGCAUCGACGACCGCAUCCUCAAGACAUGGGCUCCAACAAACCUCGCGGAUUGCAAGCCGCGCGCAAGCUGCGCAACGACCGCCGUGAAAACCGCUGGGCGGACAAGGCCUACAAAAAGCGGGCACUCGGCAACAUCUACAAGACCUCGCCCACGGGAGGGUCGUCGCAUGCCAAGGGCAUCGUCCUCGAGAAGAUUGGCGUUGAGGCCAAGCAGCCCAACUCAGCUAUCCGGAAGUGUGUCCGUGUACAGCUGAUCAAGAACGGUAAGAAGGUGACUGCGUUCGUCCCGAACGACGGUUGCUUGAACUUCGUCGACGACAACGACGAGGUCCUCAUCUCUGGCUUCGGUCGCCGCGGAAAGGCCAAGGGUGAUAUUCCUGGUGUCCGCUUCAAGAUCGUUAAGGUCUCUGGCGUCGGCCUGCUCGCUCUCUGGAAGGAGAAGAAGGAGAAGCCCAGGUCAUAAAAAUCUUCCCCCUCUCUGGACCUUAUCUCCUGCCCUCUGAUUGUCGCUGCCGAUGCUUGUCCAAUGGGUUCACACAUGCAUGUAUUAUGUAUGCCAACAUUAUGAUUUCGCAGAAUGAACCAUAUGCCGACCGAGCACAUCUGCGUUGCGCAAUGACCUGCAAGCAGCGCUUUGGCUAAACCCUACUCGAGCGCGCGUGGCCGUCGUGCC